AGCAAGCAAGCAGGGAACACGGACAAACUUGGAACAAGAAAACUUGUGAAAAUAAAAAUGUUGUCGCUGGAUUAAAAAAGGAUUUCAGAUAAUUCUUUCGUGGACACACUUGCUGAACGAGUGGGACUUCUGGCCUUAUUUAUUCAAGGAGGAAAGAAACGUGUCAGAAGAGUUGUGCUAGCUUGUAGGUGUCGGUUGUGAGUGUGUGAGAAAAAAAAGUCCGCGAGAUUUGAAGAUCACCAUGUCCAAUAUUGGAGGGUUUCAAGAAAAGCAUUUGCAAAUGAAGGCUCGGGUCGUCAAGGCUUAAAUGCCACACUGCGGAAAACCAUUGGCUCCCAGGGAUCCACCCGGAGGAACCGGGCGGAAAUGAUAAAAGUGUCAUUAACAGACAGUUAAAAAGGAAAACUAUGGCCCUGAAGACCUCCACGAUAUCAAAAGUGGAUACUCAAGACCUAUGACCAAACUUUCUAUUUUGGUCGGCCUUGAAAACGAGCAAACCUUCGAGCAUUCAUGGCAUGACCAAAUUUAGCCUCAAGGCCACCGGACAACGAUAGGCUUCUUGAGUUUGGAGAAUCGUCGAAAAUCCCGCUCAACAACAUGCCAGCUGCCACUCUGUUAUGAGUGUUGACAUUCAUAGCCUGUUCAGGGUUGCUGUUCUGUGGUGGAGCCAGGGCCAAAGACAAGAUUGAAGAGUUUGUGACCCUGCCCAACUCAUACAGCAAUGUGAACCUAGGCAAUCUGGAUAUCGUCCCUGGAUCAGAUUUCCCACUGUCUAAUGAUCCCAAAUUGAUGGGACCCAAUGUGUGCACGAAGCAGGAGCCGUACACGGUGCAAGUCAAAGUGGAAGAAAAACAACCCUACAGACUUCGGACGUACACGUGGUGUUGGGCUUUCCCUCUGCGCUGUUCCAAGUACAAGAUACAAAUGAAGACAAUCUAUCGGACAGAGAUGAUCCAUAAAUGGCGACCCGUGGAUGUCUGCUGCAAAGGCUAUGCUCGAAGUUCCAAUGGUACCAAUUGUGUGCCCGUGUGCUCCCAUCGAUGCUACCGAGGGACCUGCGUGGAUCCGGAUGUGUGCGAAUGUGAACCCGGCUACGGUGGACCUUCUUGCUCCAAAUCUUGUCCUCCGGGUCGUUGGGGAGAGGAUUGUGGCAACGAUUGUCCCUGCUUGAACGGGGCCCAUUGUGAUCCACUCUCGGGGGAGUGCACCUGCGGUGCGGGUUGGAAAGGCAAGCAAUGCAACAUUAAAUGCCCGUACUCCACUUACGGGCAAGGCUGCCAGGAGCGAUGUAAAUGCCAAAAUGGAGGGAGUUGCGACCACGUGUCCGGGGCUUGUUCCUGCCCUGCUGGUUGGAAAGGAGCCUUAUGUGAUGAACCGUGCCCUCCAGGAACUCAUGGCACCGAGUGCAAAUCUUCUUGUCAGUGCCAAAAUGGGGGAUCUUGUCACCCAGUCAACGGCAAGUGCUACUGCCCUAAGGGCUGGACGGGCUUAGUGUGUGCCAAUCCUUGUCCUCCAGGAACUUACGGUGUGGAUUGCAAGGAGCGGUGCGAUUGCUACAAUGGCGCCCUCUGUGACCACGUGAAUGGGGAGUGUAAGUGCUUACCCGGAUUCCAAGGCAACAAAUGCCAAGAGCAGUGUCCCUACGGAAAGUAUGGGAUGAAUUGUGAGCAUGCCUGCCAAUGUCAGCAUGGGGGGACGUGUGAUCCCAUGGAUGGAUCAUGCUCUUGUCUCGAAGGCUGGGCUGGACAGUUGUGUGAAAGCAGGGCAUGCCAGGACCCAAGUACAUAUGGGCCUCAUUGUUCCCUCAUCUGUUCCUGUCAUCCAAACAAUACCGAACUGUGUCACCCGUGGACUGGAGCUUGUAUCUGCAAUUCAGGCUAUGCGGGGUAUCACUGCCAUCGCCCGUGCCCGGUUUACACUUUUGGAAGGGAUUGCCGUGAGGUUUGCUCUUGCCAAAACGAAGCUUACUGCGAUCCCACCAACGGACAGUGCACGUGUUCACCGGGAUACAAGGGCGCCAAAUGCAACGAAGAGUGUCCGGAUGGGUUUUAUGGCAAGAAUUGCCAUUACAAAUGUCGCUGCAAGAACCGAGCCAGAUGUCAUUCGUCGACGGGAAGGUGCGACUGCACACCGGGAUGGCAGGGAAUAUUCUGCGACACGCCCUGUCCGGCCGGUUUUUACGGGUCCGAAUGCAAGCAACAAUGCCAGUGCCAAAAUGGGGCUUCUUGUGACCACGUGACAGGUCAAUGUAAAUGCCCUUCUGGUUUCAAGGGCCGCAAUUGUGAAAUUCCUUGUGAGCGAGGCCGUUUUGGAAUUGGUUGCGCAUAUCGUUGCAAUUGUGAGACUUCCAAUUCAGAUGGUUGUGACCCUAUUACGGGACGAUGCCUUUGUAAGGCAGGAUGGAGAGGUGUAAGAUGUGAAUCCAUAUGCGAAAGGGGUCGUUUUGGAACGAAUUGUCAAAACGUAUGCGAAUGCGAAAACGGAAGCUCAUGUGAACCCCAGUCAGGUCGAUGCGUUUGCGAACGCGGCUACACAGGAGCCAGGUGCGACCGUCCAUGUCAGAAAGGCUUCUACGGGUCAAAUUGCAAACAGGCCUGUCCUCCCUGUACCUCUGGCUACGGGACGUGUGACUAUCUCACGGGUCAAUGCGAAUGCGAGCCAGGGUACACCGGGUUCUUCUGCAUGGAACCUUGUCCCAAGGGCGCCUUCGGACGCCGGUGUCUGGGGAAGUGCAAUUGCCAGAACCAUGGCGAGUGUUAUCACGUCAACGGAGAAUGCAGAUGUCCAGGUGGAUGGAUGGGACUUGAUUGCCGAGAGCCAUGUCCUUUGGGAACGUUCGGUCCCAAUUGCACCCACUCGUGUUACUGCCAUAACGAUGCCACGUGCAACCCAGUGGACGGCCGAUGCAAAUGCAAACCCGGUUACACUGGGACUCGAUGCGAAGAGUUGUGUCCGGAAGGAUAUUGGGGCGAGGACUGCUAUGAGGCGUGUCAGUGUUCCAAUGAGAACUUUGUCUGCCACCCCACCGAGGGCUGCGUGUGCCGCCCAGGGUUCAUAGGAAGCAAUUGCCAGUUGUCCAGUGCCAAUCCAAAUGCUAAAACUGGAGACCUGGAGGGUGCCGGUGAUUCGGGAGCCAUCUCCCAAGACCAUAGCGACAGUGGAACAUUGGCUGGUAUCAUCAUUGUGAUCUUUCUGGGUGGAGUCAUUAUAUUCAUAAUGGUCUACCAUCGGUAUCAAAAGCGGUUGAAGCGCCUGAAAACCGAACUGGCCCAUGUUCAUUAUCACGCAGAUCCUUCCACUCAACCCGAUCGACACCAUUUUGAUAAUCCAGUGUACACUCCUGGAUUCCUAGGGUCGCCACGCCCAAUGUCCGUGUCUCAAACCAUACCUGCUCACUCCCUCAACAACAGCUGCAGUCGGGUGAUCAAUCAUUUCAACGGGACUCACAAGAAGAACGUCAAUUCGGAGAGGGAGAAGCUCAGCGGGAGCGGAGGUGUGGCAGGGGGUGCGGCCUCUGGUUAUGGAAAAGACGCCAGGUAUCGCUCUCGAGAAAUGGAAGAGGAUGAGGAUGACUCUGCCAGUGACCAAGGUGGUUUUGGUUGCACUGGAAAUGCGUUUGGCUAUGCAACGCUGAACAACCGCAAGAAUUGUGAUGCUGACACCAACAAUCCAAAUUUAUAUGUGUCCAUCGACGAAUUGAAGGACAACAGAAAAUUAGAAAAUAUGUAUGAGGAGAUUCAGAAAAAGGCUGCGGCCGCUUCAUCAACGGGUCUGGGCGGGCGCUCCACUCUCCAAAGAGAAGACCCUCGUGAUGACUCAGGAGAGUACAUGGGUGGCUCUUUGAGCUACGACAAACUGGAAUUCACCAGGCCUUUAAACGAGUUGAAACCCAACUACCAGUCCACUUCCACAUUAAGGUCAAACAAAACUUCCGAAAGAAGACUCCAAGACCAAGACCACGACUCCUCUCAGAACGCUUCCAAUGUCAGUCUACGUCAACGUCAUUCCACUGGUCACCUCUCUCAGGGCCAAAUCCCAAAGGUUGGUGACUUCUCGAAUGAGGUCCUUCGAAGUAUAGGCACUCUAAAUUCCUCCAAGUUGAGCAGUUCAGGGGAUCCCCUGGGUCAACCUCAAAAACAGCUCUCUCCGCCUCAGACUCGAGAACCCGACUCCGGGAUAUCCAGUGCCCGUAGUACGGGCACCAUUCCGUGGAGCCAAAGUGAGGCCGUGCUGCCGGCCUUGAAGAAACCAGGAGGCGAGAUCGAGGGCUUGCAGGAAGAGCAUGAGUUGUGAUAACGUUUCCAGUCAUAAGCAAACCAUUCCCUGUUUAUUAAAUGUCAUAGAUAUGCGAGACAAAGACAGAUACAAUAAUGUUAUCCACGGCUGUGACGAAAACCAACCCAUAUAAGUAAUGUAAUUGGAAUCGACGUGUAUUCCAGGGUAUGAGAGCAAUAUUCAGCACGCGCAAUAUGCAUUCAUAGCGAUCCAUGAUAUACCUAUCCAAAGUUCAAGCGUUGCAUUAAACCAGUGCGUUAAAAAAAGAA